AUGGCGCCCGUGUACUACUCGCCGUCGCGGAGGCCGGUGGCCAGGCCCAUGGCCAGGGACGCGUCCCCCGCGCGCAGGGCCGUUAUGUCGCCCACCAGGAUACCAGUGAGGACACGCGACCCGUCCCCGGAGCCGGCCAGGUUCAUCCAGAUGCCAGCGGCCCGAUCGCGGACGCCAUCGCCGUCCCGCGGCGUGCAGACGGACCCCAAGAUCACGAAGACGCCCUCGCCGGACCAGCCCAUCCCGGCGGACGAACCCGCCGACGCCGUGCUCAAGAGCCCCACGCGGUCCUCGCAGAUCCCCGUGCCCAUCUCCAGGGUCUCGUCCCCCGUCCGCAAGGACGAGACGAUCGUCGAGAUGGCUAGGUCUUCGCCCAAGCGCGCGCCGCCGUCCAGGACGCCCACCAAGUCGCCGCGGAGGGUGGCCAAGGCGCACGAGAAGGGCCGCGCCAAGGAGGACGCCACCUCGCCGCGCACGCCGAUUUUUGUUACGUCAUUUUACCAACGUUUGCCCUGUGUUAAGUUCCGGUACGGCCUCCUGCCUCCUCAACAGAGACAUGCACAUUAG